AGCGCUAAGCGCUGCCUAAAGGGUGGGUUUACGUAGCGCUUUACACCAAGGGAUUUUAUAUUUUUUCAUUUUUCAUUUUCUUUUCAUUCUAACUCAAAAAUCUCUCUCUUAUCUCCAUACUCUCUCGUCUUCUUAGUAUUAUUUUCUUCUCCGCCGCUAUCAACAACAAUCACCCUAAAUCAUGCUCACACUCAGAAUCGACCAAGACCCACAUGCAAUCUCGCACCGUUUUUGUUGUUCUUUCAUCGUUUCUAACUACACAACGAGAAGUGGUCUUUCAUCGGUUUCAAUUUCCAAUUUCCUUUUGUUUCUUCUUCCUUUUGAUUACCUUAUUGCGAUCUGAGAUCUUGCGAUUUCGUUUUUUGUUAUUCUCUCAACAUUUUCCUUCACCUAUGGUUACUAUCAUUCAAGCGAAGUUGGAUUUGACCCAGCGACUAUUGUUGGUUCUGCAGAUUCGGUGAAUAAAUCAAAAUAGAAGAUUCAAUCGCGGUUGAUGAUUCCGUCGACGAGCUUGAUAGCUACAUGUUCCAAACGGUUUGACUCUUUUCCAACUUGAUCCUCUUGCUCUUUAUUGGGGCUUUUGUCAUGAUCGCAUUUUCUUGUUAUUUGCUUUGGUAAUUUUUUAGAUUGAUUUAGUUUAUUAUUUAGGGAUUUUGAUUGUUUGAGUUAAAAAAAAACAGAUAUGUGGUCCAUGCCUUGUAUGGUCUAAGAUUUGUUAGAAUAAUAUUAGUGUUGUAUACACAGUUUCUGAUUCUAACUCUCUUCUUUACUUCAUGGGGAGUACCACUGCAUCCUCUGGUGAGUUGGGUUUCUUUCAGCUUCUGUUAUCCUAUUCAAAAUUUGAAGCUUUAUUGGUUUUUACAAGUUCAAUUUCUGGUUGAAACAUGAGUCAUUAUGAAUGUAUAAUGUUCUUAUUGUAUCUGUUUUGGUUGUACCAGAGAUUGAAACUGAUAGUAAUUUUGAAGUUCAUGUGUUCUCUUCAUCAUCUGAGAAAAGCUUCAUCAAACAUGGAGUUCAGUGGAGAAACAACCAUAUCCGGCUAUGUAUUCUAGUGUCUAUGGAGGAAGGUGCAUCAGAAGCAGACCUUAGUAUACUUCCAAAAUACAGAUUUCGAUUAUUAAACAAUGAGGAGAAGGCUAGCGGUGGAGCUGGAUCGAUGAUUCCCACACAAACCUCCAGUGGAUACUUGGCUAAUGAACAAAUACUUUUACCUGAGGAUACAGUUAAUGGGGCUGCUGAUCAUCUUCUUCGGUCCCUUCUUGGAAGUCAGAUUCACUAUUAUCCAAUAGACCAAUAUAAGUGUGUUCUUAGUUACCCUGAUGUUGUUGCUCUUGAAGAGUGGAUUAGCCCAAAAGAUUUUUCGACUGAUGAAAGGUUGAUUCCAAAGUGGCAUAUUCCUUGUGAUGAAUAAAUUCAUUUUGCAAACUAGCUUUUAGAUAUUCACUUUAAGUCUGUUUUGCAAGAGAAUUGGUCUCAUGAAUGAAAUUUUGGCUGCUAUGGACACUGUAAAGUAUGUCUUUUACCAUAAAUGAUUAACUGUUUGUUUAUAUAAUAA